AACCGCAUGAGUACAUAAUUAGGAAUAAGACGCAUGUCAAGAUUGCACUUGGCCUCCUACCACGCCCAUGACAAUGGCUACAGAGCCUUCAAAAACCUUUCCCUCGGAGGCAGAGCCUCUUCUUGUCGAUUCGCAACGAACGCCAAGUUAUUCAGGUCAAGAAACACCUAUCAUUGGUGUUGAUGUCGAGAAUCAGCCGGAGGCCAUUCCAGAUAGGAAACGCGGCCCUUGGGAAAUAGCAUUCUAUGUUAUAUGCGUAGUCCUGGGUGUUGUACUCCUCGCAAUGCUUAUCAAAGGUUUCAUAGAAGCGGACGAUGUGGAUUUUGAUAUUGGGAAAGCUUUCAAGUCUGCUCUGGGAGGAGGACUUUCUGGUGCAGCGGCCAUGGUCCUGCAAGUUCUGUUGCUAAUGCCCCUGCGGACUGUAAUGAACUAUCAAUAUCGGUAUGGAACUACAAUUACUCAGGCUCUCAAGACUCUUUAUCGAGAAGGUGGAUAUCGACGUUACUAUCAAGGUUUGUUGGCUGCGCUGGUACAGGGACCGGUUUCUCGUUUUGGCGACACUGCAGCAAACGUCGGUAUCCUGGUGCUUCUGGAGUCCAAUUCAUACAUGAAAACUCUACCUGCGCUUGUCAAGACGAUAUUCGCAUCGGUAGCAGCAGCGGUAUUCAGGAUGACUUUAACACCCGUCGAUACUAUAAAAACCACACUGCAAACCCAGGGACAAGCGGGCUGGGAUAUCCUCAAGAGGAGGAUCAAAUUGUACGGCAUUGGCACGCUAUGGUAUGGCGCCCUCGCCACUGCUGCUGCUACGUUUGUUGGUCAUUAUCCUUGGUUCGGGACUUACAACUUUCUUCAAGACAAAAUUCCUGUACCUAGCCAUAUUCCUCAAAAACUUCUUCGACAAGCCUUCAUUGGUUUUGCUGCUUCCGUAAUAUCAGACACCUUGUCAAAUUCUCUCCGCGUUAUAAAGACCUACCGCCAGGUCAACGAGACCCGAAUUGGCUACUUGAACGCCGCGAAGGCAGUAAUUCACCAAGAUGGUUUCAUUGGCUUGUUCGGACGUGGGUUGAAGACACGUAUCAUUGCGAAUGGUCUGCAAGGAUUGAUGUUCUCAGUUUUGUGGAAACUGUUCCUGGACUUGUGGAAUGAUAAGACAAAGUAAUAUAGGGUGGUUUGUGGUAACCAUAGAAUGUAGGAGGCGGACACGGAGAACAUGAAUCUUAGAAAUCUGAAUAUCUAAUUAUUACAAGCUUGGCUCGAUAUACUAGUCAGUACAGUGAUAAGGGCCCGUGAAGUUGUACUGACUAAUAAUAUCGGGACUGGAUCCGGUUUUUACAGAAUAAUGAAGAGGCAUGAUGCUUUGCGAACUUUUGCGAGAGUCCAGUCUGGUGUGGCCGUUACACUAAAUCUAAUAAAUAUUUUUCAGCACGAAUGCAUCGACGGCAUUCAAGAUAUUUCUG